UGGCCGCUCCCGCAGCCGCGGCUGCCGCCACCGCCUGGAGCUCCAUGGGCUUCUCCUUCGCACCGCCCCGUGUGAGGCCGAGUCCCGCAAGCCGUGGUGCCGGGUGCCCGAGCCAUCGCGGACGCUGGCGGCUGGGCCCCGGGGCAGCAGCAGGCGGCGCGGGACUGCUAGCUGCCUACAGAUUGACGAUGCCAGUAUGGACAGAAUAGCUUAUGAUGCUUAUCCCCACCCAUCACUUCCGAGACAUUGAGCGGAAACCAGAAUACCUCCAGCCAGAGAAGUGUGCCCCACCUCCCUUCCCUGGUCCUACGGGAGCCAUGUGGUUUAUCCGAGAUGGCUGUGGCAUUGCUUGUGCCAUUGUCACCUGGUUUCUGGUCCUCUAUGCGGAGUUUGUAGUCCUCUUUGUCAUGCUGGUUCCAUCCCGAGACUACGCGUACAGCAUCAUCAACGGAAUUGUGUUCAACCUGCUGGCCUUCCUGGCCCUGGCCUCCCACUGCCGGGCCAUGCUGACGGACCCCGGGGCAGUGCCCAAAGGAAAUGCCACUAAAGAGUUCAUCGAGAGCCUUCAGCUGAAGCCUGGGCAGGUGGUGUACAAGUGUCCCAAGUGCUGCAGCAUCAAGCCCGACCGGGCACACCACUGCAGUGUUUGUAAGCGGUGCAUUCGCAAGAUGGACCACCACUGUCCUUGGGUCAACAACUGUGUCGGCGAGAACAACCAGAAGUACUUUGUCCUAUUCACAAUGUACAUAGCUCUCAUUUCCUUGCACGCCCUCAUCAUGGUGGGAUUCCACUUCCUGCAUUGCUUUGAAGAAGACUGGACAAAGUGCAGCUCCUUCUCACCGCCCACCACAGUCAUCCUGCUCAUCCUGCUGUGCUUCGAGGCCCUGCUCUUCCUCAUUUUCACAUCAGUGAUGUUUGGGACCCAAGUACACUCCAUCUGCACAGAUGAGACGGGUAUUGAACGCCUCCAACGAACAAAACAGCCCAGGGAGCAGUCGGGCAGCUGGAAGUCGGUCCAGGAGGCUUUUGGUGGGAACUUUUCCCUGAACUGGUUCAACCCUUUCACCAGACCUUGUCAACCAGAGACACCCAUUGACAAGGGCUUGGUACGUCAAGUGUCAUCUCUGUCAGACGUGGACAACAUGGAAACAGCUGAGAGCCAAUUGGAGGCGACAAAAGACAGGGACUCUGUGGAGGUGCUAGAUGAAUAGAGGUCAUGGAGGAUAAGACACCAACAGUGGCUGCUACCCUGAUGAGUGUUACCAACUCUGUCACCCCACACUUUUUUUUCCAUUAGGAUUGGGGUCGGGGGAUAGGAAGGGCAAUAGAGGGUACAGGAGAGUAGGGACUUUCUCUGAGUUCCUCUUAGCAGGAUGUGCCAAAAGUGAUCCAGCAAGGGAAAUGGUGACCAGGAUGUCAGGGGUGGGGGAUCCACUUCUGCUUCUUGAGGGCUGUCUUGGGGAGGCUGAGGAUCUUGGGGAAGGAAUGCUCUAACAUCAAAGAAGACCAGCCUGGAAGGCUAGAGAAACUCCAGCCAUUUCCAGGAAAGGGAUUCCUUGGCUGGCUGACUCGAAAUCAACAAAGGAGGGGCUGCUGAGCCUGCCUUCAGGGCUUGGGCUUGGUUGAAGAGCACCCUACAUGCAUGCAUACAUGCAUGCAUACAUACGUACAGAGCCUACCCAAAUGGAAAUGAGCCUGAGUUAUGACAGUAUCGCCAUCCUAUAGAUACUAGACUCUUCCCUGAGACAACAAGGCAGCCAGCCUUUCUAUAGCCACAAGCAUGCAUUCCUAGAAGAGCUAGGUGAAGACAUAUAUUGAAUUCCUGGUAAAAGUCUGUAAGACAUGGGGACAGGUGCAACAAGAAAUGGCCUCCUUUGCAUUUUAGAGCAGCGCCCAAGACGGUGCCUCACAGAAAACUGCAUUGCUAGACCUAAUGACACAUGACUUAUUCCCAACAUUUAGAGCUGGCAAGUGAACCUGUUGCUUUGAAGAGAACCUGGUCCACAUGGUUCUGGCUACAUAGUGAAACCCUGUUUUAAAAACAGUGAAGAACUGUGUGGUGGCCAGGACAUGCAGACUGUUAAGCCAGGAAGACCCCAGGCACUGCUCUCCCAGGAUGAGCUUGGACCUAGUCUGUUCACUGGAGCUUGAGGUAUCUGGCUGUUACUGAUAGUCUGGGCAGGCUCCUGCACUCCCCAGUCCAUUGCAGUGGUGGCUGAAGCAGCAGCUUCUGCAGUCUAACCAGUUAGAUAGUCUCAAGAAACACACCCAGCUCAACUCACCCCUUCAACCAUUCCCCAGUGUGGCUGUCACUGACCCUGGCAGAGGAUCGUAUCACAGCUCCUCUAGCUCUGCGGAAGGGCAGGAGUCCUGGGCCAGUGGAACCUGUGACCUCUGUGACACGAGUCAAUCGAGGUACUGUCUCAGGACCCUGAGAAAAGAAAGCUGUGGGGAGCCAAGUGGUGGUUGAUUCAUGGGCAGCAUCCUAGGUGGUGCCACAGAGUGUCAGCAGGACUUCAGCAUUAGCAGACGUGGCCUACUCCACCCCACUGCAAGUGCACUUCCUCCAAGCAGGUCUGCUUUAACAUUUAUUAACAAUAACAUGAGGAACCCAAGUUGUCCCUAAUCUUGGCACUAUGUGGAAAAACCUGUAGGACCUCCGACCCCAAACAGACCUGGACGGCCCAGGUGCUGGACCAUAACCAGAGAUUCCAUACCAGGGAGAAAUCAGAGCUAGUGACUAGGUCCCCAAGGAGCAGCAGUUAAAUUAAGGAAGGAGCUUUGGAGUCAGGAUUUGUUAACUGAAUGUCCUGUACACUGAGGCUAAAACCAGUCUUGCGUGGAGACAGCUUGACCUGCAGCAGAGAAACCUCCCAGCCCACAGCCAUUUCCUCUAGAGUGCUUUUCCUGGAAAGGUUGAAGUGUGCAUUUUGCUCCCAGUUUUAGGUUUUCCAUACUUCUCAGCUAACCCAUUACCAUGUCAGGCCUCAGCCAUAUUUCUUCUGUGUCCAAGAGGUACUGGACAGCCAGGAUCAUGUAGGUAGUAGUCUGUCCAGCCCUGGGCCUUGUGCCUUCACACCAGAACCCAAUGGCCUUCUCUCCACGGAAACUCCUGAGAUUCUACUCAGCACUGCAGCUGAUAAGAGGAGGCCCAGUGUUUCUGGGCCGGAGGGCUGCUUGCACACCUGCCUCUUGCUUUGAAUAGUAGUUCUCUGGCCUACCUCUGCGGCUAGAGGCGCCAAUUUUUUUAGCAGGAGAUCCUAGCCCAAAGCCUUGGACAACAUCCUUCCUCUCGGGUCUAGUGUGUAAAACAAGUGUCACAGACACUAACUGAAUUCAUGGGGUUACUAACUGACCCUCCAUGGCCCCAGCAUAGAAAGAGGUUAUUCCACAAGCAUGUACCAGACAUCUACACACCACAGAGGUGGGCAUCUGGGCAAAAAGGAGUCAGGACUUGGGGUUUUCUGGUUUCAAGAAUGAAGGAAAGAUGACAGGUUUUAAAUUAACUUGACACAAGCUAAAGGUAUUUGAGAAGAGAGAAUCUCAAUU